UCCAAAAUUUCUCGUCCGCGAAAAGUAUAAUCCAAAAAAAAAAAAAAAAAAAAAAAACCCAAAGAAGAGCUUCCGAUCGAGGGAAAGGAAGAGGGAAGGAAGAGCUGAAGCUAUGAUACUGGCAGUGCUGUUUGCCAACGCUGAGGGCAACAUCCUGAUCGAAAGAUUUCAUGGUGUCCCUGCUGAGGAGCGGCUGCACUGGCGAUCAUUCCUAAUCAAAUUGGGGGCAGAUAAUCUUAAAGGUGUAAAAAAUGAAGAGCUUCUUGUUGCUUGCCACAAGUCAGUUUAUAUAGUUUACACAGUGCUUGGUGAUGUUGCCAUCUAUGUUGUGGGAAAGGAUGAAUACGAUGAACUUGCCUUGUCAGAAGUGAUCUUUGUAAUUACCUCGGCUGUGAAGGAUGUUUGUGGAAAGCCUCCAACUGAACGCCUUUUUCUGGACAAGUAUGGGAGAAUUUGCUUGUGUUUGGAUGAAAUCGUUUGGAAGGGGUAUCUGGAAAAUACAGAGAAAGAUAGAAUCAAAAGACUCAUACGGUUAAAACCUCCAACGGAGUUCUGAAUCAAUAGCUUCUCGAUUAAAUCUGCGUAUGGGGGGUAGAGGUCUUCUGGUCUUGAAAUUUGAAUGUAAUGCAAUGUUGUCUAUUUUAUUUUAUUUUUUUGACUUUCAACUUUCAGGGACUCUGAUUGGUAUUGUACGAGUACUGAGUAUUGAAUGAAAGAAUUCGUCACGUUUUUACAAA